AUGGCAAUAAUUUCACCCAUUCUGAGCGGGGACCGCGGCUUCGGUGGUAACGGCAAUGCAAGUGAUACAAAAUCCGUUGCCUAUGGUCAUUGUGUUACCGAUGGCCCGUUUGCAAACCUCAAAGUACUCUACUAUGGUCGCGAAAGCCAGCCACACUGUCUGUCCCGUGGUUUUGAUGUCAGAGAGUCCACAGCCCAAAACACUGCGAAGAAACUCCAACCAGAGGUACUUGAAAAUGUGUUGAAUGCAACCAAUUACGCUACAUUCUCAUAUCGACUUGAGCUUGAUGCUCACGAUGCUAUUCCGCUCACCAUACGCGGUGACUUCUAUCGUGUGACGGCUCCCAACGGCUAUGGUGGAUCUGGCAACAAAGAGACCCCCCAAAUCAGAUACACGAGUGAUUCGACCGCUAUAACGGAUGAGACCAUCUAUUCACAUGUGACCAAAUCCCUCGACCUAGGUUAUCUUGCUCCGAGCAUCCAGAUUUCAAAAGUGAUUAGAACGGAGACGGAGUUACUUUGCUACAACUAUUAA